AUGAACUCCAAAUUCCUUCUCUGUGUCCUCGCCGUCAUCAUGUGCUCAGUUGUUCAAGAAGCUUCUGCUCAAUACUAUGGAUAUGCCUCUUCUUAUUAUCCAUCAGCUUACUACGGAGGUUAUGGAAAUGCUUAUGGAGCAUACGGAGCUUACGGAUACGGUCUCGGAUCUGCUUAUGCUGGAUAUUACGGAAAGAGAGAAGCUGGAUUUGGACCUUCUCAAAACAACCAAUAG